ACCGCGUACUUUGAGUGUCCCUUCCCGAAUUUAUCUCAGAGGGAAUGGGGUGGCUGUACACAAGCUACACGAUAGUAUCAUUCAAUUGUCCAUGGAAGUUGAAAAAACAGCUAAAAUCGUUUGGUUUUGGUCCUAAUCUUGCAGCGGUCGAUUAUUUUGGCCUCCAAAAUGAGUAGACGGGUGUUUCUAUCCAGUUCUUCCCAUUCAGAGGGAGCGACCCCUCUCUCGUUCGAGAAAUGCUGUUUGACUACAAUGCAAUGCAGUGGUCACCAGAUAAAUGCAGAAUUUUCGUACCAGGAUGAAAGACUGCUUCUGUAUCCCAGUGAUCAAGGAGUAAGACUUAUGCAUCCUCCUGGAUGCCCUUGCCGUUCUUUGACAGCCUCAGACAUUGCUAACAUUCCAGAAAAUAUCCUGAGUCAAGGAGUGAAACCAGCAGUUGCUGUUUUGCUUCAGUCAUCAGAUGGUUAUGUGUUGCUGACAAGACGUGCACAACACAUGCGCACCUUUCCAUGUGUGUGGGUUCCCCCAGGGGGUCAUAUGGAGCCAGGAGAGACUCUUAAACAAGCUCUACUAAGAGAACUCUCAGAGGAAACUGGAUUGACUUUUUCUAAGGAAAGCCUCGAAAUCUCAACACUUGGUCUGUGGGAGUCUGUGUUUCCUCCCGUUCUGUCGAUUGGUCUGCCUGUGAGGCACCAUAUCGUAGUGUACUACCAGGCCAAGGCUAAGGAAGACCGACAAACUUUACAGAAGAAGCUUAUCUUGGAUAAAGACGAGCUCGAUGCUUCGGCUUGGGUAGACCAUGCUACUAUUGUAGAAGUGGUGCAAAGUGAUGACUUUGGCCAGUCAAGACCAGUACCACAAAGAUAUAUUAAAGCCACUGUGCUUGAAAAUGGCCAGAAAGUUGAGAAAAAUCUUCCUCUUUCAAUCCUGAUGUCUACCAUGCCUCGCACGUCUGAAGAUGGACAGGAGUUGAACCAGGAGCGACUCUCCACAGGGACGAAGUUCGCUUUAGGACAAUUGGUUAAAAAAGACCUUCCUUCUGGAGGGGCGUGGUAAUUAAUAAGAGUGUUGAACUCGUCAAGAUGAUAACGAUAAACAUAAUUAAAAUAAUGGUAUUUAUAACUUGUGUGCUAGCGUUUUCUUGCGCAUUAAGUCGAGUUUAUAUUAUUUUUUUAUUAAAUAUUUUCCUACCAUUUUUUGAUAAGUUCUACGAACAUGAUUUUGAUAUAUAUUCGAAUUAUAUUUUAUCAGUUAAACGAUUACGAUAAUACGAUUACAAUAAUAAUAACGUUGAUCACGACGAUGAUGAUGAUGAUGAUAAGAUUUGGGGUGUAUGUGCGUCGGUGAGGGUAUCACAAGAAAUUUUUUUAUCAACCGAGUUGAUAAUGUGAAUUGGCCUCCGGAGAGAAUUUCGAGCGUGAACAGAGGAAUUAUGGGUUGUGUAAGAGCGUAAAGGUGCACACGACAACCCUGAAAGGCGUUGUAGGUAGGUUUUAGGUCACGGUUACUUGACCUCAGAAUUUUAGGAAAAAAACGUCACUGUAAGGAAAAGGCAUAGUGGUUAUAUAUGAAUAUAAUAAUAUCACCAGAUAUCCAGGUUACCUCUCGAGAUUGUCGCGUGCACUCUUUUCCCGAUAACCUUUCUCGAAACGACUGUCUACAGAUAGAGCUACGCAAUUGGUGGGAACAAUUAGAAGUCAUUGAAUAAUUUUAUAAAUCAGUUUAGGAGUUAAAAAAAUUCUUCGAAGCGCACAGGCUUUUUUAUAAUUAGAUUAAAUUUUUGUACAGUAAAGAAUUUAUGUGUGGGAGGGCACUCAGAGGGUGAGGAAUGAGCUGUGUGGGAAACAAAUUUGAUUUGUUCAAUUCAUUUAAAUCAAUUAGAAUUAAGGUUUUUAGGUUGAAAAAAUGUUUAACAAUUUGAAUUACAUGUGUGCAAAUUUACUGUGUAUUAAUAACGAUGGCGUUGCUCCAUAUUUAACUCGCCCCAGUAAACUACGUUUACUUAUCA